CGGGGCUGAGGGAACGAUGGAGAAUUUCACGGGCCUCUUUGGAGCUCAGGCGGACCCACCACCGCCCCCGGCCACACUCGGCUUCGGCCCGGGAAAGCCGCCACCUCCGCCACCGCCUCCUCCGGGUGGAGGACCCGGCACGGUCCCGGCCGCCUCCGCGGCCACAGCUCCUCCCGGCGCCGACAAGUCAGGAGUGGGUUGUGGCCCCUUCUACCUGAUGCGGGAACUUCCCGGAAACACUGAGCUAACAGGUAGCACCAAUUUGAUUACACACUACAACCUGGAACACGCCUAUAAUAAAUUCUGUGGAAAGAAGGUGAAGGAGAAGCUCAGUAACUUCCUGCCUGACCUGCCAGGAAUGAUUGAUCUGCCUGGUUCCCACGAUAACAGCAGCCUCCGCUCCCUCAUUGAAAAGCCCCCGAUUCUUGGUGGCUCUUUUAAUCCCAUCACAGGGACCAUGCUGGCUGGCUUUCGUCUCCAUACUGGCCCGUUGCCAGAACAGUGUCGUCUGAUGCACAUUCAACCUCCCAAGAAGAAGAAUAAGCACAAACACAAACAGAGCCGAACCCAGGAUCCUGUCCCCCCAGAAACCCCAUCUGAUUCAGAUCACAAAAAGAAGAAAAAGAAAAAAGAGGAGGAUCCUGAACGGAAAAGAAAAAAGAAAGAAAAGAAGAAAAAGAAGAAUCGACACAGUCCAGACCACCCAGGUAUGGGCAGUUCCCAGGCCAGCAGCAGCAGCAGCCUCCGCUAAUAGGACUGCUGGACUCUGCCAAGAGGCAUUUCCUGCUGUACUGAACCUGCUGCCAGAAGCUGCCACCACCUGAGAGCAUCCCCACUUGGCUGAGGCCAAGGCCAGUCCCUGCUGGGCUCAGCAGAACUUCACGUACUAGAAAAGGGACAUGCUUUUAUGAGGCUCGCCUGGCGCCUGGCUCUCUUGUGGACAACUCUUCCUCUCCCAGGAAACUUUCAUUCCAUCUCUUUUGUACAGUUUAUGGAAUCUAGGGUUUGCUCUGGUUUGUUAAAAAGGUUUUUCUUGGAGGUGAAAAGUAUUUACCAAACUGGCUGAGUGUGGCUGCUUAUUAAAAAUACCUUUCUAUAAGGAUCUGCCUUUCAA